UAGGACGCCCAGGCGGGACUUCCGUGUUUUUUUUACUAUGGAGAGGGACGCUGACCAGCAUGCCGUUUAGCUCCAUCUCCAAGCAGAAGUCACUGUCCGUCUCGCUAAGAUUCUCAUUAUCUGCGAUAAGAUUCUCAUUAUAAAAUGAGUUCCUCCACGCAGAAGAGGGUAUACGCAAAGUUGCCCGUUUGCAUAGUUGAGGAUCAUAACGACGUGGUGAGUCACAUCUAUCGUGCGAUAGCAUCAAAACACCUUCCGAUGAGGAACAUCAAGAUGAUCCAUUUAGACUCCCAUCCCGAUCUGCUUAUCCCUGUCAACAUGUCUGCUGACGUCGUCUUUGACAAGGACUCUUUAAUUGACCAGCUGAGUAUAGAGAACUGGAUCAUGCCCAUGGUCUAUGCAGACCAUGUGUCCUCUGUGGCCUGGCUUCACCCUCCCUGGGCCCAGCAGAUCCAAGAAGGAGAGCACCGUAUGGCUGUGGGAAAGGAUUCCUCCACCACCACCAUCAGGGUGACCAGCAAGGACGACUACUUCCUGAGCGACGGUCUGUACGUUCCAGAGGAGCAGCUGGAGAACCCCAAGGCCCUGACGCUGAACGUGGUGCUGGUCAACCCCGCACCGAGGAGCCACGCGGCGCACACAGAGACGGAUGCACUGCGGUGGCAACCCAAGAAACCCCGGUCGGACAGCCAGGGAACAGACUGCCCUUUUCCUCCGGGGUCCUCCGGCUUGGAAUGUGCCGCCGUGUUACAGCCAGGAGGGGGCGACAGCGGACCAGCUGAUAAAGGAUCACCUGGCUAUGUCGUCAACACAUUGUUGUCCGUGGUCAAGGAGACGGAUCCGUACAUACUGGAUGUUGAUCUGGAUUUUUUCUCCUGUAAGAAUCCUUUCAAAGAGCUGUACACACAGGAGGAGUACGCCAUCCUCCAGCAGCUGUACGGCUUCAGGAGACCCAGCGCCACGGCCAGCGAGGAGGCGAUCGGUGAGUGCGUGGAGCUCCGGGUCCAUCAGCUGGAGGACCUGGAGGCGGCGUUCGCUGACCUGCUGGAGGACGACGCCCACGAGACGGUGCUGCGCUGGGCCGCCAACCCCGGCAUGGCUCCCCUCGCCCAGCUGGUGUCCAGUCUGAAGGCCAGAGACCAGUCUCCAGAUUACGAGAUGGUGCAUCAGGCCGGCCUUACCUGUGACUACUCUGAGCUGCCUCACCACAUCAGCACCGAGGAGGAGAUCGACGGACUGCUGCUGGCCGUUGAACAGAUUCUCACGGCCCUGCCUAAACCAACACUGGUAACCAUGUCCAGAUCCAGUCUAGACGAGUACUGCCCCGUGGAGCAGGUGGACUCCAUCCAGAACAAGGUUCUGUCCGUCCUGGAGGGGCUGUACGGACAGCUGGAGGUCCGACAGACCUACGACAGCCCCCCGGUGGACACACAGGAAGGCCAGCUGGCCAUCUUGUGAUGCUAGCACACGCACACACACCAGUGUACAAACCCCAUGUAUUCAACACAUGUAUUGAAGAAGCAGAUGUAUAGAUCACGUUUAAGUCAAUGUUUGUUUAAGUAAAAAGUAUUAUCUUUGUGUACAGUUUGUCGUUGUGUACUGUGUCAUUUUGUUUGAGGUCAUUUUCUCGAGGUUGAAUUUUCCAACCUGCAUCUUUUCUAGAACUGCAUCAUGUAUAAUGCUGGUAGACUAAUAAACAAUGUUUGUCGUUUGUGUUUUUAUCAUAAAACUGAAGCUUUCUUUGAGUUUCCUGUUGCUGUUUCCUUCACCCUAACUGUCAACCGCCUCCAGACACAAGAUUGUUCACAACGCAUAAUGAAGUGAAAGCAAAAAUAAAUCCAGUCCCACUACACACUAGCCUGACAGUCGUCACCGUUGACAGCAGUACUGCCCAAUAUGCAAGAAGGAGCACUGGAACAGAGAAAGUUACAAUGGUCAUGGUCAACCCUGAUACGAUAAUAGAACCCUGUUUAAUAUUAUCUACUCCAAAGACACGUCUCAACUCCCUGUCAUCUCUCUGGAUGCUGAAAAAGCCUUUGAUAGAGUUGAGUGGGAAUACCUUUUCACUGUUCUGAAAAACGGUGAACAUCAAAAAUACCAGAAGUUUUAGGAAUCCCUUUGGAACCGCGCCCUCCAGUGGCCAUAUUGGGUAUUUCACCCACCCCACGCAUCCUCGAGCCAGAGUUAUUCAGCAGUGAAAGUGAUAAGAGCUGUGCAGAGAGAAGAAAAGCAGCAAAGAACCUGUCAAAUAUCAGAAGAUCAGAAAACCUCACUUGUUAAGUUUGAUUGUUUUCUGAAAAUGAAGAUGACAAGCGGAAAAAUCCCCAUCAGCUCUCUACUGGUUCUCCUGGCCUUGCUGUCCAUCACUGAAGGAAAAAGUCUGCGGGGGUUGGGGAUGGAACUACGCUGCCGCUGCAUCCAGACAGAAAGCCGUCAGAUUCGUCCUCACAUCAGGAAGGUGGAGAUCAUUCCGGCCAAUUCUCAUUGUGAAGAAUCUGAGAUCAUUGCCACUCUGAAAAUAUCAGGCCUAGAGGUCUGUCUGGAUCCUGAAGCUCCAUGGGUCAAGAAAGUUAUUGAGAGGAUGAUGUCAAGAAGACGUUGAAAAUCUUCAAACAGAAUUGUUCAAUGCUGGGCUGUUGGAGAGCACCAUCAGAAGUAUUAUUACCACGAGGAGACAAGAGGGGUAUUCCAUCAACCAAGCUGAAGGCAAAGCUGGGCUUAUUUUCCUUUAGCCUCGCUAUUCUCAGCUAGAGCUACGUUCCAUUAACGUGACUUAAGGGAAUCUCCGCUAAGUAACCAUGGCAACUUAUCCGACCACCCUGGUCGGUAGCAGACUAACUGUCAGGCUCAGGCCUACUUGAUCGGAGUUUCAGAAACGUCUCAUCUCUCGGCAACAAGUGCACCAUCAGAAGGUUCCGCCAAGCCAAGCCCUCACGAUUUUGUCAUAAAUGUACAUAUAUGAAGGAGCCUACUACAACAGCGUAUAUUUUCCCUCAGGGUCUAAGAUGAAAUGAUGCAAAUAAAAUAAUUUAAUUAAUUGCUA